UCUUGUUUUCUUUUGAGUUUUUUGAUAAUGUCAAACACAAUCGGAAGCCCUCAAUUCCCUGGAAUAAAGGAGAAGCCAGGAGAGUCUCAUGCAGGAGUUCCACUCGUAUCCACUUCCACCCCUCAUCCUGCAAUUCCACUGCUCCCAGCCAAUUGUGCUCCUCCAAUAAUGCCGCUGAACCCAUUCAAUGUGCCUAAUGAUGAUUUCAUCUCUUGCAACAUCAGCCCCUUCCACGACGUUCAAGCAAUCAGACAUGAUGUCGAUUCUCUUUUCAAUGUUCUGUCUGACAUUGUUAUUAGCACCUCAACCGACUCUCUUGACUUCCAGCAAGUGACCAUCGAUCUUGGGCAACACAAGGUUCCUCAAGUUGCUCUCCAGCCAGCUUACAGCCUUCUCAACGAGAUUGCUUGUCAGAUGACAUGCCACUCGUUCAACACAUCAAAUGUGCACGAGUCGGUGGUGGGAAUUCUUCAGAAACUGAGGAGUUACGCAUGGGAUGCUAAAACAGUGAUAGCACUCUCUGCUUUUGCUUUGAACUAUGGAAAGCCAUUGCGACUGACAGUGGCAGAGGAAGCGAGCCAGAAGGAGAACGCGCUUGAGCUGCAUGUGCUCACGCUUGCAAAAGAGGAGAACAAGCCCGCUCAAUCGGGUUCAAAUCUUACAAGUAAUUUGGUUAAAAUUACACUGGAACUCAUAAAGAAGAUCAUCACAUUGGAGAAGCUCUUUGCAAACAAAUCAUACACUAUAAAGCAUUUUCCAACUCUCUGCAAAGAUCAUCGUGCUGUUUAUGCUUAUUGGGCAAUUUUCUCCCUUUUUGCUUGUGCUAAUCAAACGAAAAGGGAGGAGAUCCAGUACUUGGUUCUUCUUGAGAAACUCAACGUUAUUCUGGAGGAAAUCAGAAUCCAACAAGGGGCAUUGGAAGAUCUAAUUUGGCGUUUAGAGGCCUUCCAAAAUCCUUCACCAGGAAUUUGGCAACUUCUCAAAGCUCUAAUCUAUCCCAACAACGUUGACAAACCUGAUAAUAUAAUUGCCAACAAUGCUACCAAAGAACUGCUUAACCUGGAUGAACUAAUAACAACAGAGAAGUUGUUUUUGUUCAUUUCUGGUCUUGACAUUGACCUUGAGAUAAUAACGUCUCUAACAUGGAUUCACGAUUAUAAGAUAGGUAAGAUUGUGUGGGUGCCUGUUGUGGAAGAUUGGACCCUUGAAAUCAAUAAGGAAAGGUUUCAGUAUUUGAAGUCUAGGAUGCCAUCAUGGUAUGUGGUGGAAUAUUUAUCACUCAUAGAAGGUUACGAACCAUUGCAACAAGUGUGGAAUUACCGAGGUAAACCUAUUGUGGUGGUGGCUGAUGCUUAUGGAAAUGUUUUGAACCAAAAUGCACUGCGCCCGAUCAUUCUGUGGGGCAUAGAAGUCUUCCCAUUCGAUUAUGCUACCAUCUCAUAUUUUGUUUCUCAACAAUGGAAAUGGUUUUGGCCCGCAGCAUUUAAAAUUCAUCCUCCUAUUCAAACAUGGGUCACGAGAUUGAAGCAAUUGUUUAGGUAUUAUUAUUUUCAUUUCUCCAUCGGAUUAUUUCUCAUCACGCUCUUUUACAAAGACAGAAUCCCUACACCUUUCUUCCAUUGCCCUGCGGUCCUCUACAUUGCUGCAGCAUCGUCACUCAUUCUGCUUUGUGUUAUCACUCAUCACUCACUUCCCUGGUCUUCUGUUUUGCUGGUUGCAGUCGCCAUCGCCAUAUCUGUCGCCUUCACAGGAACAGGUGGCUUCACUAUCCCUGGUGUAUAUUCACGAUGAGGAUUAGGAGAUCAGUAAAUUUUGUGAUUUGUAACUAUCAAUUAGUUAUUAUUAGUGUUUU